UGCUUUGCUUUUAUGUUUUCAGGGAGUGUUUCUUCUGAGGUAAAUCCCUGAGCCCCACCGCCCAGUGUCCCGUACAGCGCGUGCGCUCCGGUUCCAUCGUCUCCUCGCGAACAUGGCGGCGCCUGGGCUCUCCAGCCGGGCCGGAUCAGCUGGCAGCAGUCCCACCGCCACACCAAACAGCACCAAACCCGUCCCGCGCCACCCCGAGCUGGACUUCAGGUCCGGUACCAGGAUCGAGGAUCUCAACCGACUGAUCGCCGAAUUCACCAAGCACGAGCAGCGGGAGUAUGACGACCAGCGCGCGCUGGAGAUCCAUACGGCCAAGGAUUUCAUCUUCUCAAUGCUCGGCAUGGUGCAAAAGCUGGACCAGAAACUUCCGGUUGCCAAUGAGUACCUGCUGUUGUCAGGCGGGGUACGAGAAGGAGUUGUGGACAUGGAUCUGGAUGAGUUGACCGUGUAUGCUCGAGGGGCGGAUUACGACAUGGACUUCACGCUGCUUGUCCCCGCGCUGAAACUUCAUGACCGAAACCAACCGGUGACGCUGGACAUGCGACACUCAGCGCUGUGCCACUCCUGGCUCAGCUUGCGCUUGUUUGACGAGGUAACCAUCAACAAGUGGAAGGACUGCUGCACCGUAGUCGACCACAUUAACAGUGCCACCAACUACUUCUUUUCACCCACCCUAGUGGCCGACUGGUUCUACGAGUCUAUCAGCAUGGUUCUCGGAGAGAUCCAAAAGAAACAGCAACGUGGUGUGCCACGGGUAGAGAAGGUGGAGCGUAACGGGACGGUUAUUUCCAUUAUUUUGGGCGUCGGGGGAAGUCGAAUGUUGUACGACGUUGUCCCGGUGGUGUCUUUUAAAGGUUGGCCCGCGGUUGCACAGAGCUGGCUGAUGGAAAACCACUUCUGGGAUGGGAAGAUCACGGAGGAGGAGGUGAUCAGUGGGUUUUAUUUGCUUCCUGCAUGUUCUUCCACGGGCCAGAAGGAAAACGAGUGGCGCUUGUCAUUUGCGCGCAGUGAGGUGCAGCUGAAAAAAUGCAUCUCUUCCAGUUUAAUGCAAGCGUACCAGGCCUGUAAAGCUCUGAUCAUCAAGCUUUUGUCUCGGCCCAAAGCCAUCAGCCCGUACCACCUGCGCUCGCUGAUGCUGUGGUCCUGCGACCGCCUACCGCACGCGUACCUUGGACAGGAAGACUACGCCGCUCACUUCCUGCUGGGGUUGAUCGAUGACUUGCAGCACUGCCUGGUGAAUAAAUCCUGCCCCAAUUACUUCAUCCCACAAUGCAACAUGUUUGAGCAUUUGAGCGACGACACUGUCAUGCUGCACGCACGCAAGCUGUCGUCCGUGCGCACCGACCCUGCCGAACACUUGCGGAGCGCCAUCGAACAUGCCAAGGCUGCGUCUCGCCUCACACUGGAGCUGCAGUGGCGUGGCGGAGGUUCAAACCUCCCGUCUCCGCUCUCCGACCCCGGUGCCGACCAGCAACCAGACGACCGGCUAGCCAAGAAACUACAGCAGCUGGUCACGGAGAAUCCUGGGAAGUCCAUCUCUGUUUUUAUCAACCCAGACGACGUCACGCGACCUCACUUUCGCAUCGAUGACAAGUUCUUUUGAAGCCACGCCCUCCCUGACUCUUAUUUGGGUGCCGACCCUUAAUUUGCUCUUUGUGGCCCCUGAAGGGUUUCAGAUAUAUUGCAAGCACACUGCAGUAUAUCACCCGGUAACGCAGGAGAUGGACAUGAGAUUGAGACUACUGAAUGUGUAUAUCAUGUAAGAAAGAGACACAAUCCUGUUUUAUUGCUGCCAGGUUAGUUAAGUUUGCGUAUUUGUUCCUCUCCAGUAUGGAUGCAAGUCAUUGCUGAUUUUACUGGAAAGAAAGAGAUCGACCAAGAUAGCGUUCAGGGGAAGGAAGAGUUGUGGAAAACAGGAAAGCCGUAUAUCCGUUCAGAAGUGCAAUUAGACAGAAUGUGUUUAUACACUGUUGCUUUAUUUGUAUGAUCACCCUGUAACAAUAUACUGUAAACACGCUGUGUUAGACGUCACACCUCACUAACUUUUUUAAUACACACACACAAACACACUGAAUAUAUCUUGUGUGCAGCCUAUUUCACAAUCCGCUGCAGAAAACAAAUCACAUGUUAGCAUCAAAUCAAAGAAAAAACUGAGGAUUUGAUUGGAACUUAUAUUUAGGACUCAAAGACUUUUUUGCAUUGUGACAUUGUGUUAAUUGUGAUAAGCAUACACUUUUUUCAAUUAAUGUGCCCAAAUAAUUGUAAAAAAAGAUGAUAAAUUAAAGGGAUAGUUCAUCCAAAAAUUUAAAUUCUGUUAUUUACUAUCCCUUUAAAGGCACCAUAAGUAAUUUUACCAUCAUGUUUAUUUGUGGUUGCAUUACAGUAUUGAGAAUGAGAUUUUGGGCAUUACCGAUUUGAAUUGAAUGAGUAAAUGUGUGCCUAAUUAUCAUGAUGUUAAAGGAACACUCCACUUUUUUUGAGUAAUAAUCAAGGACUUUGCUGCCGUAACAUGGCUGUAGGAUGCGCAAUGAUAUUACGCAGUGCCUGAAAAUAGUCCCCUACUAUUGAAAGUUACUAAGGGGACUAUUUUUGGUCCCCUUAGUUACUGUAAAAAUCAAAUGUUUAACUUUAGUGGAGCUGGAAAAUGAGCAUAUUUUCAAAAAAGUGGAGUGUCCCUUUAAUGUUAAAGUGCAAAAAUAUAAAGUAAUGUUAAGUCUUAAAAUUUUGUGACGCUCACUGGAUUUUUGAAACUCAAGUGUCAAACAAUUUGAAUAUUUUAUUUCCUUGUGAUUUUAAUAUAUAUAU